AUGCUGCGGGGCGUUUGCUCGGGUCGCGGGCAGCUGUGCCGGGUGAUGAGCGGUCGAAACCGGAGGCGGGCCACGACGGUGGAGACCAUGACGGUGGAGGAGCUGAGAGGCGUUCUGAGCUCCUGGGCCCAGGAGGUCAACAAGACGACGAGGAGCGAGCAUGCAGAUCCCAAUUGGCGUUUGCCUGAAGAGAUGCUGGGCCAGGUGGUCCUGCGCUUGAGCGCAGUGUCACUGAGUCCUUUGCAGAAGCGAAGCAUCAGCAGAGACUGCCUGGAUCUACGGCUCAAGUUUCCGGAGCCUCUUCUAGACGCUGUGCUGAUGGACCGCGGCCUUGAGGGACCAGAGGUGCUGAUGGCGUGCUGUGGACUUCAGCAUCGGAGGCAUGAGAUCCUGGAACACUUGAGGCAACUUCAAGUUGAGCAGCUGCCUGGACAGCAACUGCUGAAGAUGGUGAAACAUGUGGCACCGGAGGUCCCACUGCAGCGGCGCCGCUUCCAUGCGCAGUUGCUCCACCAGGCCUUCUACGCUGCGACGGCGACCAAACCGGCGCAGUGGCCACGGCGGUGCGAGUCGCUCCGCAACGGUCUGGGCGGCCUAGGCGGCCUCCCCCGAUAUUUGUUGUACUUGACUUGGUGCGGCUCGUUUCGCUUCCUUCAGGGCCUUCCCACGGCUUUGCUGCUCCAGCUCAAUGAGAGGCUAGCCUGGUCAGAGCCGGCCCGGCGAGCGAGCGGGCUGAGAUCCUUGGCGGAUCUCACGGAAAAGGAGACCUCCUCCACCUUGGAGAAGGAUGUGCUACGCGUUCUCCAGGGCUGUUUUCCUUGGACAUCUUGCUGUCAAGUGAGUGAUUUUCGGGUCCUUCACCCACCUCGGGACAUGACCAAAUCGGUCGUUUCCCGACGGCCGUCAUGGCCCGGUGCUGCAAAGGAACAGCGCCCAGAAAUCGAUUCAAAAGCCGACGGUCCGUCGUGCACGAUGUAUAGCUCUGCAGCACGUCGAGUGUGGGACAGUUUGUCAGUUGGCAUGGUUCAAUGCGUUUGA